UCCAUGUUCGUGAAAAGGAAAGGUCUAAAAAAGGCCAAGCAACGCAUUUAUCUAUAGAGGAUUUGGCUAACUGGCUUGCGAAUCCUGAAAUAAAAAAUAACCCAAUCAUUAUUAAUAAAAAGGUUCCCAAAACAGAUGCAGAAUGGUUUGAUUUGAUAGAGCGCCAAGCUGAAAGAAAGUCUUCUAAUAAACGGCGAAAGAAAGCCCAAGUUUUUCAACUAGUAGAAGACUCUGAAGCCGGACCAGGCCCAGCAACUAAAGCUUAUAGAGAAGAACAAAGAAAAAAAGCUCCUGAGAUUAUUGACCAAAAGGAUGGGUUUGAAGAUGAUCCCAAGGACUUAGAUAAAAAAGUGCCCUGGUCGGUUCCAUUUCCAGAUAAAGAAUGCCAUCAGAAAGUGUGGCAAAAAGGAAUUCAGACAGCAAAAGACAUGUUUAAAGUAGAUGGUGCUGAAUAUACAUUUUCGACCUGGUUUGCAGGUAUUCUGAAAAAGGACUUCAUAAAUAUAUUAUUAACUGCUAAAAGCGAAAAAGAAGUAGCAAAGAAAGCAAAAGAGGUAUAUUUACAAAGGGGUUGUGCGGUGGGGUGGGUGAUUUCAGAAAAGAUUGAGUCAUUAAUACGGGAAUACAAGGCAGAAGACAAAGGAAGUCCAGAAUGGAUAGCAUUUAUAGAAGAACAUUUUGAGUCAGCAGAAAUGUAUGAAGCUGGGAUGACUAAAGAGCAUGCUAAGAAGAUUUUAGAUGCAAUAGAUGAUAAUAGGUUUCUUAUAAGAGUAAAAUUUGUUAGAGAUAAUUCUUCCUAUGAUGGAAGGCAUAACUAUGCAUUUAAAAUCGUUGAUAAAUACCAGCCUAUUCGAGAAUCAAAGAAAGCUGGUAAGAAAUUCAUUCCAGGAGGUCCAAAUGUUAUCCUUACAAAGAAAACAAAGCCAGGCUUCUGGGUAGGAAUUGAUGAGAAAUUUUUAGUUAAGAUCAUUCAAGGUGAAAAACAAUCAGAAUAUAUAGAACUUGAUGCAAAUGCAGUUGUAUAUGGGUUGUAUCGAAUCCGGGAGCCAGAUAGUAAACGAUUAAUGCUUAUGAAGGAUGGUACACUUAACUGUAUAGCCCUGCGAGUAAUAGAGCAUUUUGAAAAAGCAAAAAGAGGAUAUGGGCUUACCAGUACACGUAAGCAAAAAAUUGGCACAUGGGAAAAAAGAAUGCGCCAACCUGGUGCUCAGGCUAUUAAUAAAACUCUUCAAGGACCACAAGCAAUAUGGCUUAUUGGACUUGGACUCGGAAAAGGAGAAACAUUAGAAGAAAUCCAAUCAAUAUCCCAAUUUGUUCUAGAAGAUGGUCGUACAUUUAGAACAUGGAUAAAGCAUACAGAUAUUAUAAAAGCAUGUAAGGAAUUAUUUGAAGAUGCGGUAGACUGGCAAUUUCGGAAAGAAAUAAUUAAUGAAGAAAAAAAGCGGGAGUCCCUAGAAUCGCUUAAAAUAGUUGAGUUAGCAGAACAGGUGUUUGGUGCUAAUCAUGCCGGAGGCAAACUUGCCAACAAGAUCAAUGAUUGGCAUCCUACUCCGGCUAGUGUACAUGAAAAUAUAAAGCAAUCUUGUGUCGAACAUGGGCAUAGAGGACGUUGGAAUGCACCUAAUUAUCAAGUCGAAGAUAUUAUAUUAAUUCCUGUCUGGUAUGGAAAACAUUUUGCCUGUCGAAGUGGAAAAGGAUGUGGAAAGACAAAAGGUUGGACACCUAUUGUACUUCUACGAUAUCUUCUCGAAGCAGAUAUCCUGGAAAGUGUAACUAUAGGCGAAGCUAUUAUUUCUCUUACCAAGCAGACAAAGGUAUGGUUGCCUAAAAAUCGGGAUAUUAGUUGUGCAAUCAUAGGGAAGUUCACUCAGGGAAAUAAGGUCGAAGAAAAGCGUCUGACCCAUCGAGUUGUAAUAGACGAAGGCGAGCUCGAUUUCUUAAUCCAGGAUUGUAUUAAAGAGGGAACAUAUGCCGGUAGCGAUAAAUGUCUGCUUGGGCAUAUACUUACGUAUUAUGAGGGUCACCAGCCCCAAUAUACACAUUUGCGAGCCUCAAUGCUGGCAUAUGCCCAUAUAAACUUGCUAGAAAUGCUCCGAAGAUUUGGCUCUAAUGAAGUGGUAAGAAUCGCAACGGAUUCUAUAUAUAUACGAAGAGAUGCCUUAUAUAAGAUUGAAAAUGUAUCUGCCUUCUUUAAGCAAGCUAAGUGCCCCCUCAAUCAUAAGGGAGGGGCAGAUACCAGUAAGUUUCAAUGUCCGCAUAAAAUUCCUUCUUGUGCAAUGUGUGAAGCAGGAGUCUUUUAUUCAAAAGAAGCAGUCAAAGAAUUUGCCAAAGAAGUGAAGGUUCACUACGUGAACAGAAUGACGGGCUAUUUAUUAUGUAACAAGCAUAAGCCAUUUGUAUAUGCUGUUUGCUUUGGAGAAUGGUACUUUCGUCAAGGUCCUUGGAAAAAUACCCAACCUAGUAAAGUUGUUACCAAAGAGUCUGAGCCACUAAAAGAGGAAAAGAUUCGAGAAAUUCAGCUUGGCCAAUGGCGUGAUAAAGGCGGUGGUUCUGGGAAGAUAACACGCGCAAUCCGAAUCUUUAAAGAUAUAAACAUGGUAGUCUUUACUCAUACGAAUGCAUUGGCUAAAGACUUCCAGAAUGAUCGUAAGGUAAAAGCCCAAACUUGGCAUAGCUUCUUUAGGUGGAAUGGUGUAGGAGAGUGGACUCCUGAACGCAUGGAAGAAAAGAAAUUUCCACGAGUAGUUAUCUGGGAUGAGGUAUGUACAGUACCUAGGCAUAUUCUCGGAAUGUUUAUUAACUAUUUGCUAGAACAGAAGUGUCAGGUAAUCUGUUGUGGAGACGAUGCUCAGCCUCCGCCAUUCUUUGGAGAGAUGCCUCAUAGCUGGUUAAAAGAGCAAGCUGAUUACUAUGAGGAAGUCUUGACUGACUAUCGGGCUAAAUGUCCUAGAUUACAAGAGCUUAAGAAAAAAAUGCGACAGCAAAAUAAUAGAGUGCAGUCAGACCUAUUCCGUGAAGCACUUCCGGUCACAGAAAAAUGGGAAUAUCUUGAAGGUGAAUGGAAGCCAUCAGAUCGUAUCUUAUCAGCACACCUACUUUCCCGAAGAAUUGCUUCCCAAAAAUGCUUAGAACUUCAUCAGGCAAAAUAUCCCAAUGUGCUGAUCCCAUUAAUCUAUAGGCCAAGAGAUGGACGCAAACAAAAUUGUUUUGUCCAGAUUCCCAGCUCAUCCGAAAAAAAGGAACUAGUGAAAAAUGAUAUAAUACACUUACCCUUAAAUACACUUCCUGACAAAUUCUUAAAAGAUGUGUUAGCAGACAAAAAAGUCAUAAAUUGGGAGCUUGGAUAUGCUAUGACAAUUCACACUAGUCAAGGAAUGACUCUCAAAGCUCCACAGCGUGUUUGGGUCAUUGAUGAAAACCUAGCUUGGGAUAACCUAAUAUAUUUAGCAGUUGGUCGUGUGGAAUAUUUAAGUCAACUCAUUCGGGUUGAGGCACCUCCAUUACCUCCUGAAAUUGCCCAAGAGAUUGAGGAGGCAAAAAAGAAUAGAUGGCUAGAGCAUGAAUUGAGACCAUCUAUUCAGGAAAAACUUGUCAGAUAUAUGGGUCAGGACAAGGAAAAAGGCCGUGAAUUCGAUCUAACAAUUGACUAUAUCCUCACAUUAAAACGUAUUCAAGAAGACAAAUGCGCAUUAUGUCUCAUAGAAAUGAAAUUUGAAUGGGAUCGGCCAGGAGAUAUAUCCCAGUGGACAGUAGAUCAAAUCCACAAUAGUUUGGGGCAUAUCAAAGGGAAUGUACGCCUCACUUGUCUACUUUGCAACCGAAAUCAUCGAGUCUAAGUCACUGCCAUGGCUAGACUAGUGAUAUGGUGCAUAUAUGCAAGUCGGAGGAGGCAAAUCACAGUAUUUACAUAAUUAUUAGAUUUUUUUU